AUGCGUUACUCUCUGAAAGUUUUUAUGGUUUUUACACUACUCAUCUCGAGUGUUGUGUUGGCCAAAAAACAUAAAGAAGAAUCUUCCGAAGAAAAGGAAGAAGAGGGAAAAAAGCACAACGAAGAAGAACACAAAGAAAAGAAACACAAAAACGAAAAAGGUCACAAAGAACACGAUGAAUGGGAUGAAGAUGAGAAAAAACAUCAUGAAGAGGAGGAUCAUAAACAUUAUCAUGAAAGUGAAGGUGGUAAAAAGAAGAAGGACGAAGAUGAAGAAGAAAAAUAUGGUGAAGAACACAAACAUGGCAAACAUUUAAAAGGUGGUAAAGAUCAUCACAAAAAGAAAUAUAAGAAGGGACACAAGGAAUUGGAACAUCAUAAGAAAUUCCAUAAAGAUGAAUAUAAAAAAGAAAAAAAAUUCUACGAUGACGAGGAUAAAGGUGGACAUCAUAAGAAAUAUGGCAAAGAGCAUAAACAUCAUGACAAAGAAGAGGGAGAACAUAAAAAGAAAGAAGAACAUGAAGCGGGUAAAAAGAAAAAACACAAAAAGCAUGAGGGUCACUACAAAAAGGGUCACCAUGAUGAGGAUCAUAAGAAAUAUAAAAAAGAACAUGGACACAAGGAAAAAGAAGAGGAACACAAGAAAUGGGGCAAUGAGGAAAAGAAGAAAAGUAAUAAGAAGAAGAGCCACAAAAAGGAAAGUGAAAAGAAGGAUUAG